GUUAAAUGACAUGCACGAGGGGCAUUUGAAGGACUUCAAAACUUAAAACAUUUGUGAAAGUGAAACAAAUAAAAUUUUCUAUAACUUAUAACUUUUAAUUUCAAUUUACAGUCAUGGUUGAUGCCCAAGAAUGCAUUCUCAGCGAGGCUGAGUCCUUCAAAAAACUUAAAAGUUAUUAUGACAACAAUAAGAGUAAGCUAAUUUUAAAAAAUCUUUUUGCUUCAGAUCCUGAAAGAUUCAAUAAAUUCAGUCUCUUGUUACAAACACCUGCUAGUGGACAAAUUCUGGUUGACUAUUCGAAGAAUUUAAUUGAUGGAGAAACAUUUAAACUACUUCUUGAACUGGCAAAGCAAAGGAAAGUGGAAAAAGCAAGAGAUGCAAUGUUUGAUGGCGAAAAAAUAAACUUCACUGAAGACCGUGCCGUUCUUCAUAUUGCCUUGCGGAACAGAAGUAAUCGUGCAAUUUUAGUUGAUGGCAAGGAUGUUAUGCCUGAUGUGAAUGCUGUUCUUAAACAUAUGAAAGAAUUUACUGAAAGUGUCAGAAAAGGAGAAUGGAAAGGAUAUAGUGGAAAAGAAAUUACUGAUGUAGUUAAUAUUGGCAUUGGUGGAUCUGAUUUAGGCCCUUUGAUGGUUACUGAGGCAUUAAAAGCCUAUCAUAAAGCAGGACCGAAUGUGCAUUUUGUGUCGAAUAUUGAUGGAACUCAUCUUGCUGAGACGUUAAAGAAAUUGAAUCCUGAAACAUCAUUGUUUAUCAUUGCUUCCAAGACAUUUACUACCCAAGAAACAAUUACAAAUGCUGAAUCUGCCAAAGCGUGGUUUUUAGAGUCUGCCAAAGACGCUUCUGCUGUUGCCAAACACUUUGUUGCACUUUCUACAAAUGCGGCUAAAGUAAAGGAAUUUGGUAUUGACGAAAAGAAUAUGUUUGGUUUUUGGGAUUGGGUUGGAGGUCGUUAUUCAUUGUGGUCAGCAAUUGGUCUGUCUAUUGCUCUUUAUUUAGGAAUGGAAAACUUUGAAGAACUUCUUUCAGGAGCUCACUUCAUGGAUCAGCAUUUUCUCACGACCCCUUUGGAAAAAAAUGUACCUGUUAUUUUGGCUCUCCUUGGUGUGUGGUAUCAUAAUUUUUAUGGUGCUGAGAGUCAUGCAUUGUUGCCUUAUGAUCAAUACAUGCAUAGAUUUGCUGCUUACUUUCAACAAGGAGACAUGGAAUCUAAUGGAAAAUAUGUAACGAGGAGUGGCCAAGUUGUCAGUUAUACAACUGGACCAAUAGUAUGGGGUGAACCUGGAACAAAUGGACAGCAUGCUUUUUAUCAACUUAUUCAUCAAGGAACAAGACUCAUACCAUGUGAUUUCAUUGCUCCUGCUAAAACUCAAAACCCUAUUAACAAUGGAUUACAUCAUGAGAUUUUGUUAGCUAAUUUCUUGGCUCAGCCUGAAGCUUUGAUGCGAGGAAAAACUAGCAGUGAAGCAGAGGAAGAACUAAAGAAAGCUGGUCUUAGCGGUGAAACAUUACAAAAAAUUUUACCUCACAAAGUUUUUCCUGGGAAUAAGCCUACUAAUUCCAUUCUUAUUGAUAAACUUUCACCAUUUAAUUUGGGCGCAUUGAUUGCAAUGUACGAGCACAAGAUCUUCACUCAAGGCAUUAUUUGGGACAUCAACUCAUUUGACCAAUGGGGUGUUGAACUUGGUAAACAACUUGCAAAACUUAUUCAGCCAGAAUUGAAGGGUAAAGAUCCUGUAUCAUCUCAUGAUAGCUCAACUAAUAAUCUCAUCAACUUCAUUAAAAAAUUCAACUGAAUUUGAUUAUUUCAUUGUGAUGAUGCUAUAAAUUAUUUUUUCUUCAAGUAUCCAUGUUAAUAGUCUUAAAAACAAAUCUCAUGUGGCAUGUUUAGAAGUUUUAUGUCAUUUUAUUUUUAAAAAAUAUUUUUGACUUAUUUUGAAAAAGUAAUAUAUGACUGUUAAUUCAUACAUAAUUGGUUGUGCAAUAUUUACUCAUAAUUUUGGACUAUAUUUAUUUAUAUAUGUAUCAUGAAAUUAAGAGAUUGUUUGGAAAACUUUUCUAUAAUAAAAGUGUU